AAUGUGAAGGCUACAUUUUGCUUAUGUCAGUAUAAAGUUUCUUGAAUGAAAUCAAAUUUCUAAAUCCCUUCUAUCACAAAUUAGUUGCACCAGUAAAUCUAGUUGAAGAUUCUAAACUCUACAAAUUCCCACUAUGAAUACUAUGAAAUUUGGUGCUCUCUCUGCAAGACAUUUUCUAGUUCAGAAAAGAAAUCUCUUAAGAAUGUUGACUCAGAUUCCGAAUAAGCCCAACAUGGAUAGAAUCGAGCAAGUCGGACCCGAUAGAGCAUGCGCUGAAUGGCUUUUAAGAUGUGGAGCAAAAGUUAAAUGGACAAACAACACUUCGUGGUUGGAAGACUAUAACCAACUUCCUUCCAUAUCCAUAAAGAAUUUGUUGUUUGAGGUAGAAGCAAUUGAUUCAUCAAUAAUGGAUGUUGGAUUUAUUCAUCUUAAGGGCUGUAAUCAUAUUAGAAGUUUUCUUAUGAAUUCUUGUCCAUACGUUGAAGACAAUGCUUUGAGUAAGUUGGAUAGCUUGAAAUCUUCACUUCAAAAUUUGGAAUUGGUCAAUUUGUUGGGUGUGACUGAUGAAGGUAUUAAAAGUCUCACAGAACUAACAGAAUUGAAAAGUCUAGUUCUAGAGGGUCUACCUUCAGUCAGAUAUCAAUCAACAUUUGAUUCAUUACGAAAGGCUCUACCAAACUGCGAUAUCAAACACAAAAAUGUUCAGCUUAAAUAA